CACUUCACUUACCCGCCUGUGACAGACAUGGCCGACAAACAACCUCAAUCGAAUGCUGCGAACAACGACUCUUCUGUUGCGCAAGAGGAACAACCUCGGCACCUUGGCAGAAGAUGCUGUUGCUGCCUCUUCCGAAUCUUCUGGAUCCUUCUCGUCUGCAUAUUGGUCUUCGUUUGCCUUGUGAUUCUCGUGCUCUACAUCUUAAUCACACCCCGCACCUUCAAGUUCCACGUCACUGACGCCAAGCUCGCGCAAUUCAACUACACCGCCAACACCCUCCGUUACAACCUCUUCCUCAACAUAACCGCACGCAACCCAAACAAAAAGCUCAAGAUUUAUUACGACGUUGUUCAGGCCAACGCGUUUUACGAGGGCGUUAGGUUCGCCACAACGGACGUUAACAUGCCGUGGAACUCCUAUUUACAGAACAAGAAGAGCAUGAACCUUUUUAGCGCCGUUUUCUCGGGCCAACACGUGAUGGUGCUUGAUCAGGAUCAGGUCUCUGAAUUCGACGAAGAUAACAAAGAUGGGGUUUUCCAUUUCGAUAUUAAGAUUAAUUUUAGAAUUAGGUUCAGGCUUGGGGAUCUUCAAUCUGGUGAUUUCAAACCCAGAGGCACGUGUGAGCUCGAUGUUCCUUUGAGUUCUGGUGGGAAAAUGGAGACUGCGUUUCACUUUCACCCCACCAAAUGUGAAAUCGAUUUCUGAAUCCCAGCUACACCCUUUGUUGAUUUCUACCACCAUGUAUGAAUCCUUGUUUUGUUUCUUUCUUUUCGGAAUGUUAUGAUUUCAUUUGUUCUUAUUUUAAAUUUUUUAAUGUAAUUAAAAUGUGUGCUUGAAUUAAUUUUAAUCAUAAA